AAAACGGAAGUGUAGGCGAAGUAACUGACAGCUUUUGUUUUCUGUUUUCUGUUCCUUCGGUAGGCAAGUGUGGCUCUUUUACUUGGUAGUUUUAACAGCUACAGAUAUGAGCGACCUUCCCGUGAACCCUCUGGUUCUGAUUGGUAUCGGGUCCAGCUUUGCCUUCUCCGGCCUGUUUUAUCACCUGUACAAAGAGAAGAAGAAAGAGUUGAAAGCGCUAAAGGAAAUCCCUGUUUUCAGACCAGAUGAAGAUUUGGUCAGGGUGCUGAAUGCCACUCCCCACAGGCGGCUCCAGUAUGUUGCUGUUGAAGGUAAGGUCCAGGCAGAUGGGGAGCCUCUGACCAGCCAGUUCAUCCCACGAUGCUGCGGUGUGAUUCAGAAGAUUGUUGCAGUGGAGCAUUGGAAAUACUGGGACUCCAGUGCUGCAAAAUGGAACUCCCGGACAGGGUACAAAAAAGAGAGCAACAACUCUGUGCCCUUCAGUCUGAUCAGCCCUGACGCCUACAUCUCUGAUGCAAGUGUGAGGGUGCACAACCCUUUAGAGGCCUCCGGCUGCUUUCUGGAAAGGGUUUAUUACAAAAUGAGAAAUGCUGAGGAGGACCUUGUGAACUCAUUGCUGCAAACCGUGGGUGGGGAGAAACCAGUGUCGAAGGAGGAGACUGAGGAGAUGCUGCGCGUGGGGACCACCAUGACGGGUUUUGGCGAGGUGGUGCUGGAGCGAGGCCAGGUGAUGAGGCUACAGGCCCCGAGGGAUGGCCGCAAAUACAUCCUGGUGCCCACUGACCACAAUAGCUUUUUGGACAGCCACAGGUCGUCAGCCACCAUGUGGAAGGCGCUGUCUGCCUUUACUGGGAUAACUGGAACUGCAGUUCUAGCCUGUGUCAUUCGUAGCUUGAUGGAUAAACGAGAGAAACGAUCAAAUUAGGGCAGAAGACGAAGGGUUUGGUGCAGGUUUUACUGGUUGCUAAAGUUGUGUCACAGCCUUUUCAAUGCCUUUGGUGUUCUUUCAUAGAUUCUUUAACAAACUCUCAGUGCUGACAUAAUUCUCUUGCAUAUUUUGAGUAGUUACAAUGCUCACGGGCAGUUUUCUGUCAUGUUCCAAAGCAAGCUUUGGGAUUUCCAAACAUGACCAUGGGGGUGAAAAAUUAGAAACACUGGUGCGAAUUAAACUUUUCUUAAUACACAUAAACAAAACUGUAAAUGUAACAUCAGUAAAACAAAAAAGCCAAAUUCAGAAUAGUUCUGCAUUUUAAAAUGCAUUGGUUUUAUAUUUUGAAGUAUUUUGUCCCUCUCAGCCACCGUACUGAGCUGAAUACUUCACAGAUCUGCUAAAUGAAAAUUGUAACAAGUGUUCUCUAAGUUAAUUAGAUAAAGAUUCAGUUCAGAAGCGUGUAAACAUGCUUAAAGAGGAGUUAAAGACUGGUUUGGUUUGUUACAGGCAGGCUGAAACCUGUGCGCUACUGUGAUUUUUUUUUUUUUUUGUCACGUUUCAUGUAACAUUAUCUUAAUCAAAACUGAUGUUUUAUUUUUGUCAUAAAAUUGUAUUUUUCUAAUUAAUUAAGAUUAAAGUAAGUUUAAUUUUACUCUUGGGUUGUUAACACACACUGUACAUUCAAGCUGUUAUUUAUAAUGAUUUUUAAUGAUUGCAGUUUAUGCUUUACUUUUACUGUUGGUGCAUUCCUUAUGCAAACUCUGCCCUCUGCUGACCAUGAAAUCAUUCCACCUCCACCAUAAAGAGGCUUCAAGUAUCUUUAAUACAGCUUAUGGUCAAAAGUAAAGAGGGAUAUCCUUCCAUGCGCCUUCUACAUCCUUGCAUAGAGUAGCCAAGAUGGAAGGAAGCAUGUUCGUAUAAAGAGAAGCAUUCUCUGAAUCUGCCCAGAGAAUUAAUGAAAUGUUGUUUUGUUUUCGUCAAAUAUUAUUAAGCUGAGACAGGAAGGCUUGAAAUCUUAUUAUACUACAAUCUCCUACCUCUUGGAUACUUUCCUUCUGUUCU